AUAAUAAUAUGACACUGAACAACAAUUGAGAUGUAGAUCAAGGUAUGCAGGAAUAUGUGUCUUGGUGCUCUGCAGUUGUAGAGAAACUAAAUACCCUGCCAACAAAAUAGGAUAAGCCAAAAAGGAUACACUACAAAAGUAUAGAAGACUAUCACGAGACAACAAUGACCCACGAUGCAGGUGACUUCUACUCUAUCUUACCCACGGCAAUCAGGCCGCGCAGAAUACAGCCGGGAAAGAAGACAAUUCUGGUCUCGGUUCUGCUCUCCUUUAUGCUCUUGAUGUCACAGCUGCUGCGAGCUCUGCAGCUGGAUCAGCCUCCCAGACUUUCAAAUGUUCAUAUUAUGAAUUCACUAACAAGCAUGAAUGAUGAGGUUGAAGUUCCAACAUGCAUCAACACAGAGCUGGGAUCAGAGGACCAUCACCAUGGCUCAAACCCUCUGGCAUGCCACCAUCUGCCUGCUCCGAGGGGCCUCUGCUCUCUUACUCAAGCUUUAUUCUUCAGUAAUAAACCUCAGAGCUGCAAAGAACAAUCCAGUAUAACAUUUUGUAGAUUGGUUGAAGAUCAGAUAUUAUGUCAGUCACCUCUGCAGUGUAAAGACCUGAGACAUUACAUCGGCACAUUUAGUGAAGAGGAAGCAGACACAACAUGGAAGUCAGUCAGCAUCAGUGAAUUGCAAAAUGCUGUUAUAUCUGAGAUACAAAAAGAACAUUAUUUUGGCUAUAUGUUCAUCAAGUGCUCCAACAGCUCAGGUGCCCUUGAAGACUUUGGACAGCCACAGUAUGAUGAGGCUUAUACAGAUCAGAACCUUGAUUCCUACACGCAGCUCUUUGUGCAUCCAAAGAAGAUCCAUGAAAGUCAGGAAAAGCCUAAGAAAGAUAAGAGAGAUAUCAAUAUAAAUCUAGUCAUGAUAGACUCUCUAUCACGCACCCAUUUCUACCGUUCAUUACCAAAGACAGUGCGGUUUCUGGAUGACCUCUAUGAUGAGCUACAUUCGAAGGUUUUAGAUUUCCACUACUUCCAAGCUGUGAAGCAAAGAACUUAUGAAAGCUUGCAGGCCUUGUUCUCUGGUUAUGUUAAUAUGACAGAGGUUCCUUUUGGAACUUAUGAUGUGCCAAAGAAGCCUUUGCCCAUCUCAGGAUUAUUUGGAAAGUACAAGAUGAGAGGUUUCAAGACACUUUGGCUUGAGGAUUUAUGCUGGAACUGGGAAUGGGGUUUAGUGAAGGACUUAAAAGUAAUGAAUGACAGUCUCUCUGGUGUGUCACUGUGGAAGGAGUUCAAAAGAGCAUUAUCAGUUGCCAAUAUUGACAGUGUAGACAUGACCCUUGCAAGUUGUGAAAUCCUGCAAGCCAAUGGAAAGAAGGAUCCAUUUCAUGGAUUGCCAGCAGUAUGCUACAAUAGCAGACAUCAUCAUGAAUAUAUUUUGGAGUAUUUAAAACUGUACCAAAAAGCUGCUCUGAAAGCUGGACAAUCUUUUCUAACCUUCACUUCGUCUAGUGUGUCACAUGAUGCUUCUGGGAUACGUGUCCAGACCAUUGAUGAACCUCUAGUCAAAUAUUUGAAAUUUGCCUCUAAAAUGAAAAACACAAUAACAAUUUUAUUUGCUGAUCAUGGAAAUACUUAUGGAAACUUCAUCAAGUCCAGCCCAGAGGCACACGUGGAGACCUUUAAUCCAGCAUUGUUCAUGAUAAUUCCUCAAGAUGUACAAGAUCAUUUGGGAGAUGUCCAAAUGAGAAUUCUAAGAGAUAAUCAGAGACGGCUGAUUAGUGCUAUUGACAUCCAUUACAUGCUCCUGGGACUAAUUAAUGAGAAAAGUACAGUUCCAGACAAAAAAUUUGUUGACAAAUAUGUUACUCCUAUGGGUUUGCUCAGCAGCAUUUCCGUUACAAAGAACUGCUUAGAUGUUCCCCUUUUGCAACCCAAUCUGUGCAUUUGUAGGAAUUUUGAAGUAUCAGUAGAGCCGUCACACCUGCACUUGGCUCUUGCUGACUUUGGGCUUGGGGUAUUGAACAAUCUUAUACUCUCCCAACACAAAGAAGGUGGAGGUACUGGGUUUGGGAACUGUAGGCCUCUCAAGCCUGUUCGACUGAGGAAAGUAUUAGAAUCUAGAGUCAGAGCUGAUUUAGUUCGAUAUAAACUUGAUGUUAUAGUUCAGGGGUUAGGAGAUGGAAAGGAGACUGAUCAAGAGAUCUUUUUCUUAACAAUUGAGGCGGGACCUGGCGAACCAGCACUGCGCCUUGUGGCGUAUGAUAGAAUGACUCUUUAUGGCAUAUACAGCAAGUGCCAGGACAAAAAUGUUGAGUUGAAAAUGUGCAUUUGCAAUCAUUCUAAUUCCCGUGGAAGUGAAGUCAGCCUCCUGAGUUCUUUGCUGUUUGGUAAUUUCAUCCCAGAAUUUUCCUUUCUGAAGAAGGACAUGAAGGACUCUGCAGACAUUCAGAUUAUUGAAUUUUUAACUAGUCCUGUAUUUGGCAUAACCCCCAGAAUAGGCAUAGUGUUCCCAAGCGACAAUCCAUGUUUGUUCACUGUGAUACACAACUAUAAUUCUGGAUUUUUACUUAUUUCUGUAAAUCUCUGCUCUUCUUUGCACAAAAUUGAAGUUGAAGUAACUGCUGAAAAUUUGUACCUCUCAGGAGACCGUCGCUUGAGUGUCUUGCUCCAUCCAAAUGAUAUUAAGUUCAUAAUAGCAGGCAUAGUGGCCAAUGCUAAAAAUGAAUGGCACUGGACUCACAGUGUUAGAGUGUUCUGAGAAUUGAGUUUUUUCUAUUUAUUGUGAGAGAGAGAGAGAGAGAGAGAGAGAGAGAGAGAGAGAGAGAGAGAAGAGACGAGAAGAGAGAGAGAAGA